AUGGUUAUGUCGCCCAGCAGACGACUGUCUACGCCAGGUAUUGCUGCACAUCCGAUGAAUAUGCAUUUGAGCUCCCUGCAACUGAACUCCCAGCUGCAACUGAAUGCUCAAAUGCACCAGAAGCUGACGGCCGGACUAACUCCCAGCCACAUGAGCGGAUUUUUCAAGAGCCCAUCAACUUCGCCCAGCAGUAUUAAUGCGAAUAUGAGCAACAGUGGCGCCAGCGCCUUGACCAGUUCCAGUCACACAUCAUCCAGCACAGCCACCAACGGUAACAUCGAUCGUAGCACACGCGACAACACCACACCCACCGGCAGCAGCAGCAGCAACAGCAGCAUGCCUUCCAUCACGGAACUGUCCACGCAUCCGCUCAAUCGGUUGCAAUCGAUGCAGCCGUUCGAUUUCCGCAAACUGUCGGCCGCCGCCGCCAGUCUCAGCGGGUUCACGUCGGCCGGUUUACCUCCGCCACGGCUCAGCCCCGAGGCAGCCGUUGCGCAGCAUCACUUCAACCAGCAGCAGGCGGCCGCCGCCGCGGCCUACGCCGUCAAUACGGCCAAACGACGCAACUCCCAGACUUCCCUAGAUGCGCAGUCGGUGGUGUCGCGCGAACAUGCCGCAGCGGCCGCGAACUUCAUGAGCCUGUCCAUGAGUGGCCACGGACUGCCCUUUCCUCUUCCACCGCCGCCGCCCUCGUCAUCGGUGGCUAUGUCGCUGGCAAACUCGCUGAACCAUUCAGCCGCCGCUAUGGCCGCCGCCGUUUCCGGUAACCCUUUGGCGGCCAGUUUUGUUGCGCAGUCGUUUCCGAACCUGCUGGCCGCGUCAGCCGCUCGGGAGCCGAAUCGUAGCAAAUCGCCCCAUUCGCACCACAAAUUGUCCCACAAGGGCGGACUGCAGGAACAGCACAGCAAGAGCUCGCUGGAUAAAGGUACGUCGAAUGAUGGUCGGGAUCAGCGGGGUGAAGAUGAGGAGCGGAACUCAUCGGGAGCGCAUCAGGAGCAACGUGAUCGUGAUCGGGAAAACGUACUAAACCUGAGCCGCGAUCUGGCCGCCGCAGCAGCGGCUGCAAAUCGCCGACUACAGCAGCCCCCAAUGCAGCCCGGUGCAGCAAUGUCGCGCAUGCAGCAUCUGCCGCCGUCCUCCGGAGGUCACCUCAAGAAGCCACCGUCUUCGCCCAGCAACAAGCGGCAAUGGGGCGCUAUCCCACCCAAUCUUGGCACGCAGUACGUCAACCCGGCCACGGGAAAGAAACGCGUUCAGUGCAAUGUAUGUUUCAAGACCUUCUGUGAUAAAGGUGCUCUUAAGAUACAUUUCUCCGCCGUCCAUCUGCGGGAGAUGCACAAAUGCACGGUGGAGGGCUGCAGCAUGAUGUUCAGUUCGCGCCGUUCCCGAAACAGGCACAGCGCGAACCCCAACCCGAAGCUACACUCACCGCACCUACGGCGCAAGAUAUCUCCUCACGACGGUCGCAGCGCCCAACCUCACCCUAUUCUCCUGUCGACGGCCGGUAUGCCACUGCCCAACGGGCUUAGCCCGCUGCAUCCGUUCGGGCCAGCCUUCCCACUGAUGCCCCCGGGCGACCAUUUGCGGGGGCAUCCGUCGCUAUCAGCGCUCGAGUUUAAGGCGAACAUGGAGGCCAGCAUGCACCGACGACUGGCGGCCGAGCACCAUCACGCGCAGGCAGUCGCGGAAAAGCAUCAUCGCGAAAGUGCACGUGUUUCGUUGAGCCCGGAGAACUAUCGUUACCGCAGCAGCCCGCACAGUGACACACCGGACCGGUACAUGGGCUCUUCGUCGGGGGCAUCCUCCGGAGCGCCGCAUCUGAACAGCUCGGGCAGCCGGUUAGACGACGAAGACGGCGACGAGGACGAUGAUGACGAUGACGAUCGUAAUGGCAUCGUCAUCGAUGGCAACGACGUAGAUGAAGAUGUUGAAGGUCACCAGUUCGACAUGUCGCUAAGCUCGGAAUCGGAGGACGUGAAAUCGUUCGGCAGACAUGACGACGAUGAAGAUGGCUUCUCCGAACGGGGCGAGGAAGAACCGCAAGACUUCAGCCUGUCCAAGCGACACAAUCGCCCAUCGACGGAUGGCGAUGAUAUUGCAAGCAAUAACGGCGACAGCAAUGGUGAAGUCACUCGCGACGAUGUCAAUGCAUUCCUCUCGAGCAAUAAACGAAAACGCAAGAGUCUCAAUCCCACCAAAUGUGCCGUGGUUCCUUUGUCUCGGCUGUCAAACAACGAAGAUGCUGAUGAGAAGGAACUCGCGACACGGACCGACGAAGAAAACCGUGAAACAUCGAUUCCAUUGGUGAAAAAAAUCAAGAUAGAAUCCGGGGAAGACUCGCAACCUGUCCGAAAUUUAUCACCACGCUCGAACUCACCGCUGAAGGAGGUGCCAGCUAAGGUGGCUUCUUGCGCGAAAGAAAACGGAAAUUGCGAUAAACAGAGCAAAGGCGAAAACGCGUCCGCGGAUCAGAACGACUCGUCGACAGUCCCCGAUCGGUGUCCCUCGAUCGAAGAUCGCAAAAGCGUUGAUGCUCAUGAUGCGGUUCACGUCAAAAUGGAACCCAUCGACGAAGGACUGCAAGACCAACCGGCAACAGAAGCCACCGAUCUGUCACUGGAUCUGACCAAAAAACAGUCCCGUUCCAGUCCGGAUGUGAACGCGAACGAAAAAUUCCAGAGCAAGUACUCGAUCGACGUGCGGCCUUCGUCCGAAUUGCUGGAGAACCCACUGUCGCUGGUGCGUCCCAAGCAGGAGACCACGUCCGACUCGGACCGUCAUCGUCCCGGUUCGGCGGACAGCAAGAAAAGUUCCGGCGACAACUUUGAUUCGGCGAACACGCUGCGACGGCUCGAAAACCUUUCGCACGGACCGUUGAACGACAUGAUGAUGCAGCGCGCGGCAGGAUUUCUCGGUGGUCCGCAAUUCCCACCGCUCAGCUACUUGAUGAAUGCAGCUCCCCCAAGCCCCGCCAGAUCUCGUAGCCCUUCGCCGGCGGUGGGCCACGAGCACGAUCCGGAAGAAUCGGACGACAACGUGGAUUACUGCGAGGAAGGUAACUGCUUCAGCGAUCCGGAUGUCCCGCUGGAUAAGGAUAAUCCCAAAAAAUGUUCCGCCUGCGGCAAACUGUUCCAGAACCAUUUCGCCGUUAAGACACACUACCAGAAUGUGCAUCUGAAGCUGUUACACAAGUGCAACAUCGAGGGAUGUAAUGCUGCGUUCCCCUCGAAGCGCAGUCGCGAUCGUCACGCCUCAAACUUGAACCUCCACCGAAAACUGCUUUCAACCACAGCCGACAGCAACGACACCGUGCUGCCAAUGGAGAAGCACCAACAGCAACAGCAGUUCCCCGGUGCUGGCGCCUUCCCAGGGUCCGCCCUGCCGGCUGAGUUUUUGGCCCGCCUCUACGCCGACUCGCAAAAGUUCCCCAUGAACUUGGAGGCCGCAUUCAAGAACCAUGCGCUCGCUCCUGGUAGUUCGGCGUACGCGGAUCAUUUCCUGAACGGAGCAGCAUCCCAGCGUGGAUUCCCGUCGACCGCCGGCAAUCCGUUCCUGUUCCCACCGCUCGGCGGACUGGCAGGCUUUCCGGGCCUGUCACAGUUCUCCCACCUGCUUCCACACCCGCUAAAUGGCAUCGCUACGCAGCUGUCCGGUGGUGGAGCGGCCGUUGCUGCUGGCAGUGUUGGUAGUGGUGGCGGUGGCCGAAUGUCCGCUUCCAGAUCCGACUCACCAAUAUCCGCAUGUUCGCCACCGGCCACAACCAACAUUCCAUCGCCACUGUCGCAGCACGACAGGACGACGCCGACGUCCGGCAAUGGCGGAUCGUUUCACAGCUCCACGUCCGAGCCCCGAUCAACUGUUUCGGCGCAUGAUAGCCGACGCACACCGGACUCGCUUUCGUGA